AUGGGUAGACCAUCAUGUGCUUGGGGUUUCCAAAGGAAUCGAGAAAGAUUUAAGCAUCUGCUUGAUGAAUCACAGAAGAAUAAUUCACUGAAGUUGCCAAACUUUUAUGACAAUCUGGAAGUUAUUAAACGACAAAAGUCACCGAUACUUUAUAAAGCAGAUGAAAUGCCUCCUAAGGCGAUUAAUUUUGUUCUAGCUUUCCUGAAGUGCAUUGAAAAAGAGAAAUUUUACUACACUGAGCACUUCGCAGAGUUAAUUCGCCAGGAAACUGUUCAAUGUUAUGAUCGUGGUAAAUUGCUGGCAAAAAUCAGAAUGUUCUACAAAAAUUUCUUUGAAUCUAUACCAAUUCGAUUUUUAAAUUUAUGUAAUGAAUUAUUUUGUCAAGAGAUACUCUAUAAGCAAACGAUACAACUGAAUGACAAGUAUGCUGAAGAAACAAAUCGCGUCUUCCGGAAACUUAAAAUGAUAACAGAAUGUAGUGAAAUAUACAAAACAGAAGAAGAACAACUUAAAACUAAGUUCAAGGCUAAAUUAAGUGAAGCAUCAAUGACAGAAUACCUGUUGAAUGAAUUCAAGUCGUGUUAUGAAUAUCAAAGAAAACUUUCUGAAGAUAGACUGAAAGAUAUGCAAGACGAUAAUGAAUUGUCGAAUAGUGUAUUGAAAGUUCUUAAUUAUUAUAUUUUUACUCAGCUGUCAAAUAUUGAAGAAGUGAAUCUUUCAAAUUUAGCUCAAGCUUGUUUUAAUUUACAACAAUUUAUUGAAAUAUGGGGUUUUAUUGGUAUCUGGUUUGUACAAUGCUUACAAUUAUACGAUACAAUAAUAAUAAAUAAAAUCGAUAAAUUGAUACAGAAUGAUUGGUUCAAACUUAUUGAAUCUGUUGAAAAGCAAUUGGAUAUUCGUGAUAAAGAAUGCAGGGCGUAUGCAGACGAAUUAGACGCAACAAUGAAGAGUUUAGAUGAAUAUGUUAAACAUAACAGUACAAUGGAUACAAGAAGUCAAGUGAAAUUUCUAUCAGAAUCAUUGUCUAAUCUACUGAAAGUCGCUAAUUUAGGCUUAGAUAUGUUCAAUGGUGAAUGUGUAUUAAAUAUUGAAGAUAAUUUGAAAAUAAUUGAACAGAUUCAAAAUCAAUGGUUUGAAUUACUUUUCCAAUCAUCUCAUUAUGCUGAAUUAAUGAUGAUGACUAAACAGUCAUCAAAUUAUGAACAAGAAGUAACUGUUCACUUACAAAAGGAGCUUCAAAGAAUACUUUAUGAUUAUCGAAUUCGAUUACAAGGUGAAAAUGGAAUUGUCCAACAUUUGACGAAAUUAAUUCGAAGUAUUGAAGAUUAUGCACAAAGUCGACAAUUGAAUGUUACACCCGAAGAUGAUAAGAAUUCAGAGAGUUAUAAAGUGGAAUUAUUCAGUGAAAAUUUACAGCAAAAUAUUCAUCAGUUUGGCUAUUGGAUUGAUACAAUUAAACAGAUUUCGAUGUGCAUUGGUAAAACAAAUAAUUGCAUAAUAUCCUCAUCAAAACAAAUUCAUCAGUUGAGUUCAGUAAAUGAUGAAUUCAGUGGAAAAAAUGAUGACAGCAGUGAGGGGACAUCUUUGUUUGAUGAAUCUGAUAAAUUUACGGAUAUAACUGAUUUAAAUUUAUCUAAAUGUCAUCAACAUGUUAAAGGAUGGUUUGAAUUAAUGAAGAACAGGGUGAUCAGUGUUGGGAAAAUGAGAAUUGAUCAAAUAAAAGCUGAACAAGUGAAUACUAUACAAGAAUUAAAUAAACUUGUCACUAAUAACUAUACCGCUGAAGUAAACAAACAACAAAAUAAUGCAAAUAAACAAAACAAUCAAGUGAACAAAGGCUGUGAAGAGAAAAAGAAAGACUUUUAUGAGUUAACAAUGACGUUAAUCGAGUUAGGUACACCAGUAGUGCGUAAACUAGUUCAAGAAAACAUUGAUGGUUAUAAUGACCAUGAUCAGAUAUUAUCUCGCCUGAAAUGUUUUGAAUUGUGUGCAGCACAUUGGUGUGAACUUCUCGAUACUGUGAAAACUACCAGUGCUUUACAAAUAUUUAAAAAUGUGAAGAAAUAUUUAAAUGCUGGUUCAAACUCAGCGAAAUUUGCAGGAAUAUCUGAACAGAGUAUAAUCAGAUAUUUACAAGCAAAUGAUUGGACAAUUAGAGAAUGCCUUUUAGCUGAUACGCGAAAUGGUCAACCAAUUCAUCAAGGUGUAACCAAUCGAAAUGAUGAAAUUUUUCCUUUACCAAAAGAUUUACCAAACACUAAUUUAGCGUCAUCAGCUUUAUCAAAACAAAAUGAAUACCGUGAGAUUGUUAUAAAUAUUGAAAAUGAAACAAUUGCCUAUGAAAAUGAAACUAUACUGAUUGAAGAGAAAUGGAUUAAUGCGUGUACCACUGAAGAAUGUUUACAGCAACAAAUCGAUGUGAAACAGAAUGAAUUGAAAAGACUAGAAGAAAUAUUACAAAUAAAAAUGGAAGUUCUUGAUGAUAAAAAUUAG